GUGAAAGCUACUGCUUUCAGUGGCUCAGAAUCAGAGAGAGAAAUAACUGAUAGUCUCUUACCUACAUGCGGAUAAACCAAACAAAUGCCUAGUAAGCAUGAACAGGAAUCAAGAGUGACAGAUUUCCAGAGCAAAUGCAGAAUUCCAAGUGAAUUUCACAGUGAGCUCCAGGCUUAAAGACAGUGUAUCUUUUCCAUGGUCUCAGAGCCUGACAAAAUCUCUGACAGGGUGUGCUGUACAAACGCUGGCAAGUUAGAGUCAACUUAAAAGAAAAGGAGCAACUUAAAUACAAACCACACCAGAGAAGGAGUUUGCUCAGGGAGUUAUUGACAUGGCUGAGAGGAUCUGGCCAUUCAAAGUUCUCAGAAGCUGAGCACAGAAAUAAGCCCCAGUGUCAAAUGGCCCAAAAAGGUCAUAGAAGGUUUGAAUUUCACACCUUUAAUUCCUUAUUGCCAAGCAGUUUAAAUGAACACUUCAUUAUAUACAUUUCAAAAUGAACUUGACAAAAGCCAGCUGAGAUCAGUAUGGACUCAACGACCUAGCACUGCCCGCUCCAAGGGCCUUUCAGAGGAGAUAGAAAGCAGAUACCCUGACCAUUUGUGCGUCCAAAUUCAGCCAUGGCAUACAGAGGCAUAACUCCACUGAGUGCAAGAGCUGAAUCUGGCCCAUGAUCAAAGAUCCCAUGAUGUUUUUUAGGAACAGAGGAAAGUUAGGGACAGGGUUCGGUAACAUUGGAGCUCAAGUCAUUAAAACCAAACCAGUUUCCAUUCCCUCUGCAGACAUAGGAUGAAAACUGCUGUUCUCACAUGCCUUGUUCUGACAUUAGAUCAAAUCCUAUCAGGGCUUUCUCUUUGCUGCUAUCAGUUCCAUGCCCAUCAGAGCAAACACAACCGAGUUGGAGGUCUUCUGUUGUGUGGUGCACACAGGCAGGUUGUUCAGGUGAAAUUCACCCCCGGCGUGAUGACUGCUGCACCACUUCAGACCUAUAAGUGGUUCAAGGGUAAAGCAGACAGGUGGUGGAGGUGGGGACUCCAGACCUGUUCCAAAUAGACUGGUGUGGAAGAUAGCAGGGCAGCAGCACUGUAGUGAAUUUCAUCCAAGGGACAUCUCUGUGCACAACCCAUUGCAGAAGGUCCUCCCUUCCCCCCAGUCUCCACUGACUAUCCUCAUAAAAACGUAACAGGAAACAGCAAAGAUAAAGCUAUUUCUGCAGAAAGGGCACAGCCAUUUCUCAUAUUAACUCCUAUAGGAGAAGGCUAAAAAGGAACAGUCAAGUGCCUCAUCUUCUUUGCUUCCAAUUGCAGAGGGUGUAAUAAUGGCCGGACACACGGGUGCUGAUAAGAGACAGAUCUUUAUUGUCUGGCCCUGCUCACCAGACACAGGAAUUCCUAAGCAUUUGGAAAUGCAAGCGAAGUAAUGGAGAUUGAGCCCUCGUACACUGACUUUAUUUCCUGUGAUCGCACUGGGCGGAGGAACGCUAUCCAUGACAUCCAAGGAGACUCAACCACUAUCAGCAUGCGGAAGCUGGCAGGCGACAUAAGCAAGCUCUCCAUUGAAGGAGCAGGAAGCCAAGCUGCUGCUGCUGCUUCUGAGAAGGAACCUGAAGUGAGACUCAAAGGGCAAAAUGGCACCCCCCCAUCAUGAGCGUCACAAGAGUGGGGGGAAGGGUGGGAGGAGGAAAGAACUGUAAACUCUAAAUGGGAAUGUUCCAUCAAAUCUGCUGACAACUCAGAGCCAAACCAGAACAAUGAAUUCUCCCUUUAAAUGCCUCUGCUGUGACCAUUCUGUUCAGAUACCUGUAGGAAGCUCAUCAGUGAGUGGUACAUCCAUGGAACUCUACCCCCAUCUAGAACAGCUUAGAACAACACUGCACGGGUGGUAGUCACAUGACCCACUCAAAGUGCCUCAGUAGCAAUUUUCCUCUACAGGACAUUUAAAAUCUACACUUCAGCCUUUACUGUAUAAGGUACAUUUUUUACUCUGUACAUUUAGACUAUUUAUUUAUUUCCUGUUUCCAUAGAUUAAAGAUUUCGGUGCUUCCCUUAAUUCACCUUCCUUCUGUAUCCAGCUUAGAGAUGAAUGGAUAUUUAGCGCUGCCUACACAGGCACCUGGAGUUAUGGGGAUCACCUGGGAAGGGGUGAGGGCAGUUCCUGCUGCAUUAAUAUUGAACACUAUUAACCUGUGCUGCUGCUUUUUGGGAAUCAGAAAAGGACUAAAACUCACAGGUGCAUGGACAAACUCCACCUGCAGGCUCAGCAGCACCACACAUGGGCACCAUUUGGCAUUGUAGGGUUUUCAGAUACUGUUA